AUGAAAGAAUGUUUUAACAGAUAAACCUAAAUUAUUAUGAGAAGAUGUGAUAGUUUAAAAAAUGAAUCAAAAAAUCUUUUAUAAGAAUUACGUUGCAGAUCGUUUAGUUAUGCAUAAUAAAAAAAAGAAAAUUAAGUUAUGAAACAAAAUAUUUAACUUCAGAAUUAUUAAGAAACCUAAAUAACUUAAACUGCUAAAUUAAAUUUGAAAUCUAUAAAUUAUGCAAAAAAGAAUUCAGUAUCAUCUUAUUUGUAAAAUCCAGCAUAUUAUAAUAAACUAUUGACCAGUGUCACUAAAAAAAGAAUGUCAUUAUAAUCAAUUGCUUCUAAAUAAUAUUCUAUAAAACAAGAGAAAUCAAUGUGGAAAAUAGUUAAUCAAUCAGAUUUUCAUGGAUUUAAAUGA